CUCUCACUCUCUCUACCUCUCUUUCUCUCUUUCUCUCACUUUAAUUAUCAAUCGUAGAACUUCUUCAAAGAUGUAAUUUACAUUAUACUUCAGGCACUCAAGUUGAUCGAGACAUGGGGUGUGGAUAAAGACGUUUCGUUUGGCUGCAUGUCCUCCUUGUUAACCGUGAUCAUACCGAUGAUAUUCCAAUAUAAUAGUCUACUUCGAAAGAAAGGGUUCAUAAAACUAUUCAAGUUCAUUAAACACGAUUACGAACGACUAAUAAAUCUUCCGGAGUACAAUGUAUUGUACAGUGUCGCGAUAAAGGGACGUCGUAACUCUUUGGUGUACAUAUUUUACGUCUGCAUAUCGGCGACAAUGUAUUUCACACUUUCGAUUGCCGUGGUCAUCUUCGAGGAAUUGAAUAAAAACCGGACCGAACCCAGACAGACUCUAUACCCAGUGGAGUACCACAUCGACAGUGAAAAAUAUUUUUACCUGAUUACAGCUCAUUGUUACGCCUCGACAGUACUUCUUCUGCUUCAAACUGUCGUACACGACACAAUGUACAUUGUUCUGGUCCAACAUGGCUGCGCUUUAUUCGCAGUUACGGGAUAUUGCUUAAAAGGGGCGCAUUGUUUAGAUUCGAAAGGUUUACUAAAGGACGAUGAUUUUGAACAGUACAAGAACCGAUGUUAUACGUUGUCAGAACAGAAGAAAAUUUAUCAGAGACUCGUUCUUGGUAUCAAGGAACACAAAAGAGCUAUAGAGUACACGAAACUUCUUCAUGCAGUAUUCUCUGAAUGUUUGUUCAUUGUACUCAUGUUAAAUAUCAUCAGCUUGAGCAUCAACGGGGUUCAAGCUUUGAUCAAUCUGCACGAAAUUCAAACGUCGAUAAGAUUGAUCCUUUGGGAGAUAGGGCUGUUCAUACAUUUAUUCUGGCUCUGUCUCCCUGGACAGAGGCUGACGGAUUUCAGCGAGAGAGUGUAUUAUGAUGUGUUACACAGACUGCCAUAUCGUACUUCACCGUUCUAAGCUCGACGCUUUGAGGAGC